AUGGGGACCCCGAGCCGCUGCCGCGUGUCCCCAUGGCGGGGAGGCCCAUGGGCAGCAGGAGCGAGGCCGUUGCAGGGCUCGUGCUGCCAGGCAGCGCUGCUGGAGGCUGCGCAGGCUGCGGGGCCCUUGUCCGCGCUGCUGGGGCUGCCGGGAGGGAGAGCAGCCAGGGCCGGGGCUGACGGAGCUCUUUGCGCGCCCUUCCCUGUGCACAGGCAGAGCCAAGGAGCCCCGGGAGCCAGGGUCACCCGCCUGCCCUCCCUGCGGCUCCUCACCAAGGUGGUCGGCUUCUACGGCCCCGUAAGUGUCCGCACGGCCUCCGCUCCGCCCCGAGAGCCGCUUGGCUUUCCCACCCGACCACACAACGGGUUGCUCACGGAGGCACCUUGCUCUCUCGCCCAGGAGGCGUCGCUGACGGCCAGGACCGUGGAGGCGCUCAUUUUGGCAGAGGUGAGCAGCGGCUGCCUUUGCCCGGCCCUCGAUGGCUGCGGCCGGGUGGUAUCUCAGCACGCAGACGGAGCCAAGGGAGGGCGGAAGGUGGCGAUCUCAUGGCCCCUGGCUUGGAGAGGAACCUCUGCCACCGGGGACUGCCCAGGGCAGCUAGGCUCCGGCCCCCAGCUGUCUCUCUUUGGGCAGCCUCUGGCCCUCAUCUGUGGGCCAGGUGAUGCCCUGCCCCAGCCAGUCCAGGAGCUCCUGGACCUACUCUACGAGAGAGGCCCGGCCACCGAGGGCAUUUUCCGGAAGGCGGCCAACGAGAAGGCACGCAGGGAGUUGAGGGAAGAGCUGGACAGAGGCACGCAGGUUGAUCUGUCAAGCAAACCCGUGCACCUGCUGGCAGUGGUGCUGAAGGACUUCCUGAGGAACAUCCCCUGCAAACUCCUCGUGGCCGACCUCUAUGACAACUGGCUGCUAGCGCUGGAGAAAUCCAGCCUGCAGGAGAAAAUUGCAGGCCUGAGAGAGGUGGCUGGCCUGCUGCCUCCAGCAAACCGCCUCUUGCUCCGGCGCUUGCUCUCUGUGCUCCACCACAUCAGUGAAAGUGCAGAGAGCAACCGGAUGGAUGCCAGCAACCUGGCGAUCUGCGUGGGGCCAAACAUGCUCAGCCCCGACAUGGACACCACGCUCCCACUGGCCGUGCAGAAGGAGAGCAACGACAAGGUGACGCUCUUGGUGGAGCUCCUCAUCCACAACUGCGCAGCAGUAUUUGGGGAUGACGUUGCCUCGACCGAGGAGUCACGGGAGCACACAGGCAGCUCCACAGAAGACAUCUGUGCUGCUCAGCAGAACAGUGCUGCCUGCAACAGCCCCGAGCCUGCAGCUGAAGGCAGCCCUGUGAACUGCCACCAGGAGCAGCAGCCCAAAGCAGCAAGUGCUUUGGGGAGCAGCACCUAUCCCACCUGCCUCUCUGCCCCUCCGCUGACUAGUCAGAAGAAGGAGGUCAGCAACAUGCCCAGGAGCUUCUCAGAGGCAGACCUGUCCUGCCAGAGCAGCAGCCUGGAAGGCAGGAGAUGGGAUCCGGAGGCAGCCAAAAGAGAGGAGCCUUUUCCCAGUCAGGAGACAAAGUGCAGCGUGGAGAAGGGGGCUCUGGAAACAACGCCUUGCCAUCCUGCAGGCACGCUUGUCAAAUGGCACUCCCUCCCCACAAUAUCCUCCGGCUGCUCCCUGCAACUCCUUUUCUCCUCUGAUGGCUCAGUCUUCACCACCUCUUCACUAGUUUCACUCCCGAGCCCUGCCCCCCCCCCAAAAAAAAAAUCUUUCCGAAGAACGCCCAGGCUUUUCCCAUCAAGCCCAAGGAGGACAGCUGCCCACCCGGCACACACAUCAGGAAGCGCUGCAGGGCGUUCUCUUGUGCAAAACACAGCAAAGCGCUCAAAAAAGUCCCACAUUCUGGAGACCUGGAAGAGUCUCAGCAGAGGCAUCUCUAAGGCAUCUGCUCAGGGACAGAGUUUCUGCCCUGAAGGCUUUGGGGGUGGAAUGUGCAACCCGCAAGGUUCCCCUUGGAAGAAACUUCCCCGUGAGUUUCCCAGUGACCCCCUGUGGGAGCUUAUUGACGGAGAGACUUGUCAGAGUCCUGCCAAGAGGCGACAAUCUGCGGCACCCGUUGGAAAGGAGACCGGAAACGGGUGCCAGAAUGUCUAUGAGCAGAGGUCCCAAACAUUCCUGCCCCUUCGGUUCCAAAGCAAUUGUGAGCUUGGUGAGGAACCUCGGCGUUGUGGAGACCACCCUUCUCUGGAGUCAGUAUUCUAG